AUGUUCGGAAUUGUCUCACAGGUGCUGGCCCAGGUGGUGCUAUUCAUGUGCAUGAACACAGCUGGGAUCUUCAUCAGUUACCUGUCAGACCGCGCCCAGCGCCAGGCCUUCCUGGAGACACGGAGGUGUGUGGAGGCCAGGCUCCGCCUGGAGACAGAGAACCAAAGACAGGAGCGGCUUGUGCUGUCUGUGCUUCCCAGGUUUGUCGUCCUGGAAAUGAUCAAUGACAUGACCAACGUGGAGGAUGAGCACCUGCAGCAUCAGUUCCACCGCAUCUACAUUCAUCGCUAUGAGAAUGUCAGUAUUCUUUUUGCAGAUGUCAAAGGAUUUACCAACCUCUCUACGACCUUGUCCGCUCAGGAGCUGGUCAGGAUGCUCAACGAGCUCUUUGCCAGAUUUGACCGGCUGGCCCAUGAGCAUCACUGUCUUCGCAUUAAAAUCCUGGGGGACUGCUACUACUGUGUGUCUGGACUGCCCGAGCCCCGCCAGGACCAUGCCCAUUGCUGUGUUGAAAUGGGCCUCAGCAUGAUCAAAACCAUCAGGUAUGUGAGAUCCAGAACAAAGCAUGAUGUUGACAUGCGAAUUGGAAUCCAUUCAGGCUCCGUGCUAUGUGGUGUGUUGGGCCUGAGAAAAUGGCAGUUUGAUGUCUGGUCUUGGGAUGUGGACAUUGCAAAUAAACUUGAAUCUGGAGGGAUCCCUGGGAGAAUUCACAUUUCCAAAGCCACACUGGAUUGCCUCAACGGUGACUAUAAUGUGGAAGAGGGCCACGGCAAAGAGAGGAAUGAAUUCCUGAGGAAGCAUAAUAUAGAGACCUAUUUGAUUAAGCAGCCUGAAGAGAGUUUGCUAUCCUUACCUGAAGACAUAGUCAAGGAGUCAGUGAGCCCCUCAGACAGGAGAAACAGUGGGGCAACAUUCACAGAAGGAUCCUGGAGCCCAGAACUGCCUUUCGACAACAUCGUGGGCAAACAGAAUACUCUGGCUGCCCUAACAAGAAAUUCAAUAAAUCUGCUUCCAAACCAUCUCGCACAAGCUUUGCAUGUCCAGUCUGGGCCUGAGGAAAUUAACAAGAGAAUAGAGCAUACCAUCGACUUGCGGAGUGGCGAUAAGCUGAGAAGAGAGCAUAUCAAGCCAUUCUCACUGAUGUUUAAAGACUCCAGCCUGGAGCACAAGUAUUCUCAAAUGAGGGAUGAAGUAUUCAAGUCAAACCUGGUCUGUGCGUUUAUAGUUCUUCUGUUUAUCACUGCAAUUCAAAGUUUGCUUCCUUCUUCAAGGUUGAUGCCGAUGACCAUCCAGUUCUCCAUUCUGAUCAUGCUACACUCCGCCCUGGUCCUCAUCACCACAGCAGAGGACUAUAAGUGUCUGCCCCUCGUCCUCCGCAAAACCUGCUGCUGGAUUAAUGAGACCUAUCUGGCCCGGAAUGUCAUCAUCUUUGCCUCCAUCUUGAUUAACUUCCUGGGAGCCAUCCUAAAUAUCCUGUGGUGUGAUUUUGACAAGUCGAUACCCUUGAAGAACCUGACUUUCAAUUCCUCAGCUGUGUUUACAGAUAUCUGCUCCUACCCAGAGUACUUCGUCUUCACGGGGGUCCUGGCCAUGGUGACCUGUGCAGUUUUUCUCCGGCUUAACUCUGUCCUGAAGUUGGCUGUGCUGCUGAUUAUGAUCGCCAUCUAUGCCUUGCUGACAGAGACCAUCUAUGCAGGUCUCUUUCUGAGUUAUGACAACCUGAACCACAGUGGAGAAGAUUUUCUGGGGACCAAGGAGGCGUCACUGCUGCUGAUGGCCAUGUUCCUCCUUGCUGUGUUCUACCAUGGACAGCAGCUGGAAUACACAGCCCGCCUGGAUUUCUUGUGGCGAGUACAGGCCAAAGAGGAGAUCAAUGAGAUGAAGGAGCUGAGGGAACACAAUGAGAACAUGCUGCGAAAUAUCUUACCCAGCCAUGUGGCUCGCCACUUCCUGGAGAAGGACAGAGACAAUGAGGAGCUAUAUUCUCAAUCCUAUGAUGCUGUUGGGGUGAUGUUUGCCUCCAUCCCUGGAUUUGCAGACUUUUACUCUCAGACAGAAAUGAACAACCAGGGAGUGGAAUGUCUGCGCUUGCUGAAUGAGAUCAUCGCUGACUUUGAUGAGCUGCUCGGAGAAGACCGCUUUCAAGACAUAGAGAAGAUUAAGACCAUUGGUAGCACGUACAUGGCUGUCUCGGGACUGUCACCAGAGAAACAGCAAUGUGAAGAUAAGUGGGGGCAUUUGUGUGCCCUGGCUGACUUCUCUCUUGCCCUGACGGAAAGUAUACAGGAGAUCAACAAGCAUUCAUUCAACAACUUUGAACUCCGAAUUGGCAUCAGCCAUGGCUCAGUGGUAGCAGGUGUAAUUGGCGCUAAGAAACCACAGUAUGACAUUUGGGGUAAAACCGUGAACUUGGCAAGUCGAAUGGACAGCACGGGGGUGAGUGGCCGGAUCCAAGUUCCAGAGGAGACCUAUCUUAUCCUGAAGGACCAGGGCUUUGCCUUUGACUACCGAGGAGAGAUCUAUGUGAAGGGUAUCAGUGAGCAAGAAGGAAAAAUCAAAACGUACUUUCUCCUGGGAAGAGUCCAACCCAACCCGUUCAUCUUGCCCCCAAGGAGACUGCCUGGGCAAUACUCUCUGGCUGCAGUUGUCCUUGGCCUUGUUCAGUCUCUCAACAGGCAAAGGCAGAAGCAACUUCUCAAUGAGAACAGCAACUCGGGCAUCAUCAAGGGCCAUUACAACCGGCGGACUUUAUUAACACCCAGUGGGCCGGAGCCUGGAGCACAAGCUGAAGGCACCGACAAAUCCGAUUUGCCAUAA